AUGGAGCCAAAUAGUGCAGAUGUUAGCAUUGGAGCCGAACAGUGUAACCCUAAUACGGGAAAUUCUUCCCAGACGGAAAUCAAAGUAGAAAAGGUUAACCACAGUUGGACUGUGAAGAACUUUUCUCAUUGCUAUCAAGAAUAUCUAGAGAAUUUUGUUUAUCUAACUCGAGGAGAGGAGCAACUCACAUGGUCUAUAAAGAUUUAUCCCAAAGGAAAUGGCGAAAACAAUAAAGAUUUUGUUUUCUUAUGUUUAAAUCGUGUGGUGAACAAUAACAACACUGGAAAGUCGACUAAGAUCGGAUUCAAGUCUCGUUUCAUGCUUCGAACUGCCGAAUUAAAAGAAAUAGAGAUGAGAAUACAUCCCAAUCCUUCUCAUUCGGACUAUGUAUCCUAUAUUAAGCGUGAUGUGUUAUUCCCCCAAAUUUUACCUCGAGAUAUGAUUAUUGUUAAUGUGGAAAUAGAUGUCGCCGUAGAGACUAUAACUACUACACAUGAACCAAUCUUGCCCAACUCCAACUGUGAACAACAAUUAGUAGAAGAUUACCAACGAUUGUUCAGAGAAGACUUAUUAACUGAUUUCACAAUCAGAGUUGGAGCUCGUGAUAUUCGCACUCAUCGUGCUAUUUUGGCUGCCAGGUCUCCAGUUUUUGGUGCAAUGCUCAUGCACGAAGAUACAAAUGAAACCAAAACUGGAAUUUUGGAAAUUAGAGAUUUGGAUUAUGACGUAGUAUAUGAAAUGGUGUACUAUAUUUAUACUGGGCGUUGCCAGCGGGAAAUUUCUGAAAUUGCUGGGGAUCUCUUAGUAGCUGCUGAUAAGUAUCGUCUCGAAGAAUUAAAGAGCCAUUGCGAAAAAUAUUUAAUUGAAAAUUUAUCUACUGAAACUGUUUGCCAUUUAUUAGUGCUAGGUGAUAUGUAUGGAGCUCCUCGACUGAGAAGUCGUGCUGUACAGAUGAUCCUAGCCCGCCCUAAGACUGUAACUAAUACUCAAGGAUGGGAAGAAAUUCUUAAAUCUCGUCCUGCUCUUGUGACUGACAUUGUUAAUAAUUUUGAAAAAUCCCAAACCGGAUGCGGUGAAGGUGGUCAAACACAAACUCAACCUCAAUCAUGA